AAAUUGGAUCUAUAAAUUAAGCGCAAAGGCUUCUCCCUUCGCCGUCCCCUUCACCCCGUUGUUCUUCUAACACUUGUUUACACUAUUUCAAGGUAUGGAUAUUCUGAUCUUUAUCUGUCAUCUAUCAUAAUUUCAUUCCUUCUUUUUUAAUUAGAAAACAUUCAGUAGAAGUUUAUGCAUGUUCGUAUCUCUUUUUCAUUGAUAUCAAAACCUUCCUUUUCAUCCCAUUCAUUUCAUGGUUAACCAAUCUCUGCCUUUUUUUAUUUUUUUUCUCACCCAUUUCUCUGUUAUGCGAUGCUUCCUACCACAAUUCAUCAGAUGAACUUUCCAUCAUGCUUCACCUGUUUCCUAGCAUCAAUAACUCUGUACAAUCUAUAAGAUUUAAAACCCUAAACCCCUGUAUCUCUCUGUCUAGACUUUGUCAUUUCAAAGCGAAAAGGGGUUUCGAUUCUUUAAACCAAACAUCAUCUGUCCAAAAUAGUGUUGCAGUGUUUUGGGAUUUGGAUAACAAGCCCCCAAAUGCAUUCCCUCCAUUUGAAGCCGUUGUUAAGUUGAAAACAGCAGCUUCUUCAUUUGGGGUUGUAAGGUCCAUGGUGGCCUAUGCUAACCAACAUUCGUUUAGCUACGUACCAAAAGCUGUUCGGGAGCAGAGAAGAGAGAGGAAAUUGUUGAAUCAGUUGGAAAAUAAAGGCGUGAUCAAGUCAAUUGAUCCAUAUGUUUGUAAAGUUUGUGGGAGAAGAUUUUACACCAACGAGAAACUUGUUAACCAUUUUAAGCAAAUUCAUGAGCGUGAGCAUCAGAAGAGGGUGAAUCAAAUAGAAUCUGCUAGAGGGAGCAGAAGGGUGAAAUUGGUGGGUAAGUACUCGAUGAAAAUGGAGAAGUACAAAAAUGCCGCUAGGGAGGUUUUGACACCGAAAGUUGGGUAUGGUUUAGCUGAUGAGUUGAAAAGGGCAGGGUUUUGGGUUGGGACUGUCUCAAAUAGGCCACAAGCUGCAGAUGUUGCAUUGAGGGAUCACAUGGUGGAUGUGAUGGAUAAGAGGAAAGCCGAGUGUUUGAUGCUCGUGUCUGAUGAUUCUGAUUUUGUUGGUGUUUUGAAGGAGGCGAAACUGAGGUGUUUGAAGACGGUUGUUGUGGGGGAUGCCGAUGAUGGGGCAUUGAAAAGAGUUGCAGAUGCUGGGUUUUCUUGGACAGAAAUAUUGAAGGGAAAAGCUAAGAAAGAGGCAGUAUCCGUUGUGGGGAAGUGGAAAGACCGUGAUAUCUUGAAGAAACUAGAGUGGACGUAUGAUCCAGAGGUGGAGAGGAAGUUAUAUGGCUCUGAAGAUAUGUUUGAUGAUGAGAGUGAGGAUCUGGAUUUUGAUGGUAGUGAUGAUGGAAACAGUUCUGAUUAUAUACAUAAGGAAGAUUCUGGUGCUUGGUGGGAGUUGGACACUGAAUCUGAUCCUGAUUCUUCCAAGUCGCAAUAAUAAUGCAGAUGUUGCCUUCGCCAUCGUAGCUUGCCGAGUUCGUAUCAAGUUAUCAACUUGGGUACGUUAACGUCUGCAUUGUGGUUCUGAAGCUGGGUUCGUUCCUUGAGAUGAAAUUCAGAUGAUCCCUUUCUGACUUUUAGAUAACUUUAUUGAACAUCUUAAACCAUAUUUCUGACUUUUAAAAUAAUAUAAUUAUUCUUUUGUUCUUA